AUGCCCAUCUCACUAACAUUGCUGCAGUCUCCGUUAGUUCCAUUUGUUUUUGGAGAGUCCUGGAGCAAGACCCUAUCCGAGGCUGAACCGCCCUCUCACCCAAUCCUCAGCGUGUGCAAAAUGAGUCUCCGACCGGGCACCAACGUCCACCAUGGGAAUCAGACGGCUGCCCGUCUCUGGACUACCUCCAUCGAUUAUAUUCGUUCCAUUCCGGAUUGCACGGCCUUUUAUUGGGCUUCCGUCAAAAAUGAGCCAGAGACGCUCAUUGCUCUUCUGCAAUGGAAAGAUGUCUCCGCAUGGAAGAAGUUUCAAUCUUCGAUCGGAUUCCGGUUGAUGACUGCUUUUUCGACUCCCGGGUGCUUGAACCGAGCUUUACCCCUCUCACUGCCGGAUGGCGUUACGUCGGGUGACAUUGUUGAGAUGGUCCCCUUUCAGGUCGCGGCCGCCGAAUCCACGACGAACUUCACUACGAUAUGGGCCCAGUUUACGGCCAACGCUCAGGAAGCAAACGAUCCUCGGUGGAUAGUCUCUGGUGGAUGGCUAGAACGCGACGGACCCCGUAAUUACGAUUCGCGAGAAGAGAAGGCACUGGCAGACCAGCAGCCGAGCGUGUUUUUAGCACUCAUAUUCUGCAAGGAUAGUCCGCUGUCUGCCAGUACCCUCUCUCCAUCGCUCCAAGAAGGCGUCUCACUUCUAUCGCAGUUUGUCACAGGCCCAUGCAUAUUGACAACCCCCUUACGCUGCGAGACGGUAGCGCAACCGAUGCCUGAUUUAGCCUCGCCCUCGCAGCCUAUCUCCUGCAACUCUAUGUCGAGACUACUCAAGAUUCAUCCCCCUCGUCUCUGA